AACACUUUUGGAAUUUUGUCCAAAAAUCACUAAAAAUCCCUCGAAAAAUUCAUUUUUUUGAGAAAAAUUUGUGUUAAAGUCAUAAAUUUCUGAGAUUUUAACUCAAAUUUCAUGGAAUUCCUCGAAAAAUUUCAAAUUUUGAACCGAAUUUCGUAAAAAUCGUAACUGGUGUGACCAUUUUUCGAGGUCAUUGACCGCUAAAUCCACUUUUUCCCGUAAAAUGUACUCGCAAUGGGCCUCGCUGGCGCCCGUGAUCGACCAAAAUGUCAACGGAUCGCAGUCGAAGAGUGUCCUGAACAAAUUUUCCAUGUCGUGCGGGAAAGAUGUCGCCUUGACGGUCAUCAAGCAAAUUGCGUCGACUUUUAGUGUUGCUCAACCAACGGAACCGAGUCCAUUGACCACAGAUCAAGAAGUGCUUUGGUGCAUGGAUGUCAUCUGCUAUGGGCUCUCGUUGCCGCUAACGGAACACGAAACUAUCAAAGAUUGCGUGAACGUUUAUUGCGAAUGGCUGACGGGACUGCAUCCACAACCGAAGAUUAGCGUGCCGAAACCCGUGCUGGAAGACUCAAAUUUGUAUGCGAGACGAAUUAUUAAUCAUUUGCACAAUUUAUUUACACCGCGACAAGGAGAAAUCUUACCUUUUUUAUAUAAUCGAGGAUUAGGCGCCGAUACCAUCAAUCGUCAAGUCCUGCAUUGCCAUCGAGUACUGAGGACGUUACAAGAAACCGUCAAAUGUUCGACAAUUCUCACGCGAGAGACGUGGGAGACAGUUUUGCUGUUCCUGUUGGCAAUAAAUGACAUCCUGCUGUCACCGCCAGUGAUAAAAGAUGAUGUUAGCGAUCAAUUGUGUGAACGUUUGUUGAGCACAUUAUUCGAAGUUUGGAUGCUGGCGUGUGUUAAAUGCUUCCCGUCGCCUUCGUUGUGGAAAACUUUUCAGGAAUCAUGUGCAAUGUGGCGUCAUCGCAUCUCCUUGAUCGACCAAUGGAAUCGUGUCAAUCUCAUCUUAACAUCUCGUCUCUUGGCUUUCACAUAUGGUCCAACAUUCCCCGAGCUUAAAAUCCUGCCCGAAGAUGAUGUCUUAUUGAUGCCAAAAGAAGCCACAGAUGAUUGCAUCGCUCAAAGUUGGUAUCGUUUCUUGCGAAUAAUUGGCUCGCCAACUGCUUUGUGUUGUCCCCAAGUGAUCAGCAAUACGCCACAAUUCAUUCAAAACGCCCUCUUACAAGGCAAUGGUCAAGAUCCGUCGGCGCAUCCGUGUUUGCUAAAUUUGCCGCAAAUUUUCCUCAAGUCAAUUAAAGGCAUUGCGUGUCUCGUGGAUGCAUUUUUGGGAUUGUCGAAAGGCUCACUAAUUGGAUUAACAACGACACGUUCUUCGAGUGUGUCACACUCUUCGCAUUUCAGCGGAACGUCAUCAGCUUCAAUGUCUAUGGCUUCGUUGAAUCAAGAAGUGAGAGCGCCAGCUGCCGAAAGACCGAAGUGCAACAGUAUCCUGCAUUUAUUUGGCGAAUGGCUAUUUGAGGCGGCACAUAUUGGAAGCGAAAUGUGGGUGCAAAAUACGAAAAAACAAGCUACCGAAGCAUCUCGUCGUCCAUCCUCGAUGAUUGUUGACAGUCGAAAAGGCAGCAUUUCCCUGUCGCAACCUUCUUCAUUGACCGAACCUGUUGAAACUCCAUCCGGAUUGACCAUCGACAAAUUCGAAUCGGGCAAAGCCGAAGCCAUUGGAGCACUUUGUCGCAUUUUUGCCGCGAAAAAAACCGGCGAAGAGAUAAUUCCCGUGUACCUUGCACGAUUUUACGUUGCCCUUCAACAAGGCCUACGCAUUUCCGAGUCUCGUGAGAUUGAUGAGACCAUGGCGAGUAUCAUUUACAAUUCCGGAAAUUUAUUUAAAAUUGAUUUGGACGGCAUUCACGUGUUGCUGCCGUCUUUUAUUAACGCUCUGGACCUUUUGCUGCCGGAAAAAGACCCGAAAUUCAAGCCGCCUAAUAUGGUAAUCAACAAAACGGAGUUACGAAAGUCCGCUAUUAACAUUUUAUUGUCGAUUCUCGUGCUGCCGUGUCACUUUGGGAGUCUCCCGAUACGAGAAUUGGGGGUUCCCAAUCCAGAAAAAACGUUCAUCCAGUUCAAGCCACAGUUGAUAAACAUCCUCAUGAACGCCUUACAGGUCGAAACUGAUCCUCAAAACACGCACAUGUUACUUGGGGGACUCCUUUUGACGGUACAGGAUGCCGUCACUUUUGAAGAAACUGAGAAUCCGGAUCCGUUUCAUGCGUCGCCGCCUCCCGCUGAGUCUAAUUUAUUGAGUUCAGCUUGCUCCGAAAAAAGCGCUUAUUCCGUAGCUAGUGCAGCAUCUAAUUCGAGUUACGGUGCAAAUGUCACCGCCACAUUGAGUAAUCACGAUUCCGUGAGCUUGACCAUGUCCGAUGACUUUCCCAGCGACUUAUUGCACGACUUUGAAGCAUCAUCUCUUUACGAUAGCGGUCAUGCGUUGUUCGUGCGAGCUACGUAUCUCGUCUGUCAUCGUCUCAUCUCGUCCUGGAAGACGGAGUUGAACGUUUCUCUGGCAGCUUUGGAGCUUCUGUCGGGCUUGGCACGCAUGUCCAUCAAGGAAUCCGACAGUAUCGAGUGUAAACGUGCGGUGAAAUGGAUUUGCGAUUAUAUUUCGUACCAAUGUUCGAGACCGCCGCCCGCUCAUAGCAAAGAUUUGCACAGUACAAUCGUGGCGGCGUUCCAAUGUCUGUCUGUUUGGUUGAUGCAACACCCAUAUUUGCUGCAACAGGACAAGGAUUGCCUGAAUAUCGUCUUGGAAGUUGUCGAAUUGGGCAUUUCGGGGUCGAAAAGUGUCGGGAAACCGAAUGAAAGUGUCAAAUUGAAGGACGAGAAGGAGCUGAAACCGGUUUCGAUGCGCGUUAGAGACAGUGCCGAGACACUUUUGACGCUUAUUUUGGAGCAAGUUGGAUAUUUUCCGAAUAGUUGUGGACCGCAUUCGCUGUCUUCGUUGCUGGAUGAAGUGGCGUUGAUUAAACAUUGCAAGGCGGAUGGCGCGGCAGUCACGCACGAGCAAGCAGUGCAUAAAUUUAAGUAUUUUGUGACGGAAAAUUCGACAAUUUUGGCUCUUUUGGAGGAGCCGUUGGGCAAUGAUCAGGAUCCGCAGCCUACGGUUACUUUGUUGAUUCGUUCGAGCUUUGGUCGUCAUUCAUGGACAAUGCAGCUUCGUCACUUACCGAGAAGCAAAUCAGGCACCAAAUAUCACGCUUCUGGUCCCCUAGGACGCCCAAUUCCAAUGAACGAAAUUCCGAUGCCCAAACACGUGAUCGACCAAAAAUUCUUCCCCGAAGGUGUUGAUCGCAUCCCAAAUUGCAUCGCUGACGACUCAAUUCCAACUCUGGACUCCAUCCUCCAAAAAACCGGAAAUCAAUUUUACAAACUCCUCGACGAACAAAUGGUUCACGAGAAACUCUGCUGGGCCGAAACCGAAUGUUCCGAAGAUUCGUUGAGUCACUGCCCCGAAGAAACCGCGCCCACUGUUUGCAGCGAAUUCCAAGCUUCCCGCUUGCUUUUGUCGCAUUUCGGCUUCCUGUCGUUCGGCGACGACUCGAAUCAAGACGAGCUAACGCCAAAUCAGUCGUUGACGGUGCUCGACACGUCAAAAGUGAGUUUCGCCAACGACUUGAAAACCUUGGAUAAAAUGUCGCCACGCACUUGUGACACCGUUCACAUCUUCUACGUUCGCGCCGGGCAGUGUUCUGAACGCGAAAUCAUCGGAAACAUGUCGGAAGAGAAUGCGCCGCAAAUUGAUCCGCAUUUCUGGCAAAUGUUGAACAGUUUGGGAUGGAAUACGCGCGUCAAGGAGCACGCAGGAUGGACCGGGCAACUCGAAACUAGCUGGAAAAUCGGAAGUCAAGCGUCAAAUGUGACGACAGACGAUGACGUGAGUAGCCCGUUGAGCUAUAACGGCACGAAAAACAUCAUUUAUUGGGCAGAUGUGUCGUCGGAACUCGCUUUUGUGGUCCCCAAUUACCUCAAUAAGGAAGAUAACGACAGUUUUGACGGGCAAUGCAUGUCGUCAGAGCAUGGCGGGCACUAUGAACGCUCCUUGAGCGAAGAGAAAAACAAAAUUCCGCCAACGAAAUUGUCAGCGACGAAACCACGAACGCUAUCUUUGGACCUAGACAAGCCGCAACAACCGCAAAAUCAGGCUCCUCGUACUUCGGAACCUGUUGCGCCGAUGCGAAGACGCGGAACAACCAAUAAACCCACAAUUUUUGGCACCAUGAACACGAAAAUGUUCCUCAUCUGGCUCGAAUCGUAUGAGGAUUUCGCCAAAUUUCCCGCAGAACAACUUUUGCCGUACACCAGAACCGGCGAGGAAGCUCAAACUGGCAUCAUUCCGCGAGCUAAGGACUGUCACCUGAUCUUUUUGCAUCCCCUGAACAACGGAUUGAUGCGAAUUAAGUUGAUAGGACCCGUGGGAAGAGUUAAUUUUGCGACGCCGCUGAUCGAUGGCAUGAUUCUCAGUAAGAGAGUUGUGGGAAAUUUGGUGCGACAAACGUGUUUGAACAUGUCUCGAAGACGCCGUUUGGAGAAUGAUGUGUAUCAACCUCCUCAUGUUCGGAGACGCGUAAAAGUGCAAGAAAUGGUGCAAAAAUACAAAAUUGACAUGAAUGAACCUGAGUUGUUGGCUUAUUUGUUCAGAAGCACGAAUUAACUUUAUUAAUCAGUAUUUUUUUAUACGUCCAUUUAUUAAUUUAUUAACUCUUAACGUUUAUUUUUUGCAAUAAUCACCAAUA